AUGUCAUCGAAAUACCUCUUUUUUUGGAACUCCUUUCCCUCAACUUCACCAACUCCAUCAGUCACCUCGUUGGAUCCAGAAAGAUCUCUUGCAACACCGAAAAGAGAACAAAAGAGAUAUUUCAGAAUGCGAUUAUGUACAACGGUUUGCGAAGAAGCGAUCAAAAAAAUCUUCUAUCAUAUUGGAUGGCAAAUCGGGAAAAGACCAUGGCUAUUUAUACUCAUCGUUUUAUCGAUCACUGGAUGCAGUUUGUUUGGACUGAUGAGAUUUCAUGAGAAAAACAAUCCCCGAGAAACGUUCGUCUCGUCCGAAGCGCCGUCAAAAAGAGAAUGGAACAUUGUACAAGAAUUUCUCGCUGACAACAAUGCUUUGGAUAUUGUUUUGGUAAUCAUUCAAACAACGGACGGUCAAGGCUUCUUCGGGAAUCAAGAGAAUAUGAAUCAAUUGGGCGAUUUUAUGACCGAAGUGAUCGCGAUGAAUGUGACUAAUCAUCUUGGUCAAAACUUGACUUUUAUGGACAUGUCCGGUCGUUUUAAAAAGCAAAUCCUUGCUCCACAACUCAUCCAAUUGAAAAGAACUGGUUUCUUCGGAUCUCAAAAUAUGACUUAUCCCUGGUUUGACAACAAAGAUGUGGCUGAAGGGGAGGAGAGUUUAAUUGGAGAUGAUGAUGGCGAUGAUUACGAGGACGAUCCAACUGAAGUUGUUCAAAUCUAUAACGGCUAUACGAUGUACGAUGUGGAAUUCUAUCCGGGAACAAAGCUUGUUAAGAAUUACAACACGACAGUGCUUCGACUUUUUAUGGGCUACGAUGAUCAGGAUACGUUAUUUAGAUGGGAAGAUAAAAUCUUCAAACUCAUUUAUGAGUCCGGGAAAUAUCCAAAUUUAAAGGGCGGAGUCGCCUCGGAGAACAUCAUGAGCAAAGAAGUUAAGAAAAUCGGAGACGAUAUCGCGCCAUUCUUCGCCUUGGUUUUCGUCGUUUUACUUUCGUUUAAUGUGAUUUGCUCGUUGAGAGAAGAUCCCAAUAUGAGCAAACCAUUGGAAUGUUUUUUGGGCAGUUGUGUCCCAUUGUUGGCAACAAUCACAACAAUCGGUUUCGUUUCGGGAAUUGGUGUCGAAUUCCAGAGCAUGGCUGUCUCGUCAAUGUUCUUGCUGUUGGCUGUUGGUUUUGACCAUUUAUUCAUCAUGACUUCGGCGUGGUAUAAAACGGACAAGGCUGAUUCGACUCCUGAAAGAACCGCGCAAAUGUUAUCGCACUCCGGCGUCUCGAUGACUGUGACCACUGUAACGAACACGAUCUCUUUCGCUACAGGAAUUGCUGCCACAACAUCUUCAUUGCGCGUUUUCUCCAUCUAUUCCGUUGUGGCUUCAUUAAUGGUUUACACGUUCGAAGUGCUCCUUUUCCCGGCAAUUAUCGCUCUAUUUUCCUAUCGUGAAUAUCGAGAAGUCAAAAAAGUGAGCAAAUUUCGUCGACAAUUUUUUGAAACCCUUCGCCAAAUUCAUAAUAAGUUUUUCAACACAAUUGUGAGCUUUAUUUCAAAAUGGUGGUCUCCAAUGAUCAUCUUUGCGCUAUUGAUUAUCUAUUGGAGUGUUUCAUUUUAUGGAACAACGCAUGUCGUUUCUGAUAUGGAUUUGAAAGAUUUGGCUCCAAAAGAGUCGAAAAUGGCACAAUUCAAAGAGGAAUGGGAUCGAGCGCAAUUGCCAAUGCAAUCUGACGUGAUCAUCAUGCAACACCCGGGCAAUUUACUCAACGAAACGCAAAUGCAAAGAGUGCUCGGAUUUUUUGAUGAUCUCUACAAGCAACCCAAUUCCCUUGGGCCGAACACCACCGUUUGCUGGCUUCAAUUGUAUCUACAAUUUCUUCAGCUGAAGAGUCAAUCCAACUUCACGUACACAUUGCUUGAAGAGUUUAUGGAGACCGGAGAGAGGAGUUGGGUGAAUGGCACGUUUAAGUACAAUUGGUUGAGUUGCCAAAAAGAUGAGCCGAAAUGCGUUGAGUCGUUCGUUUGUAUGUCCGGUUUCUCGAACAUCACAAGAGAUCGCGAAAUGUAUCCAGUCCUAAAAGAAUGGCGAUCUCUCUCCCAGAAAUACAAAGAUCUUGGCGUUGUCGUCUAUUCUGAAAGAACCGAUUUCGCGGAUCAAAUUCAAGAACUGAAUGCUUUCUUGUGGCAAACGCUUUUUGAAGAAGUUGUCUGUAUGGGAAUUGCUUUCAUCCUUUUUGUCCCCGAAACGAACAGCAUUAUUGUGGCCGCUUUCAGCAUUUUUAGUGUCAACUUGGGCGUUUUCGGCAUCUUGUCUCUUUGGAAUGUCGGCGUUGAUCCUUUCUCGAUCGCUGCUUUAUUGAUGUCAAUCGGUUUCUCUGUUGAUAUCUCAACUCAUAUCUCUUAUCAUUACUAUGAAUCUCAUGGAACGGACCCAGUCGAGCGAUGGCGUGAAACAUUCUAUUCAAUCGGAUGGCCAAGUAUGCAAGGAUCUCUCUGCUGUCUGUUAGCAAUUCUACCAAUUCUCGCGAAACCCAGCUAUUUGACAUUCGUGUUUUGCAAGACAAUCGUCUUGGUGACGACUCUCGGCUUUUUACAUGCAUUUAUUGUACUCCCCGUUGUGCUCACAAUGGUCACAAGAUGUUGCAGUUUAGGGAAAAGAAAAUCGCAAAAGAUCUCCCCGCCCGCUCAAAUGCACAAACCGAUCGCCGUUCAAGUGGGAAAA